AUGGCUAGUCGUAUAUCACAGCUACCAUCAACUGAAUCGACUGGGCCAUCCCAAAUUGUUGAUGAAGUUAGAUCCUUGCGCGCAAUAAUUCGUAAUAAGCAAACUGGUGAUGCACAACCGCAGAAGGCACUGUCAGGCGUGGCGGACAAUUAUUCGCGGCAACUACCCGUGAGAGUUGUGAUCAAACUUUUGGAGGUUUUGAAGAGUCCCUUUCGCUUACUCUUUUUCAUGCAUCCGAUAGAGGGGCCACAGUAUCUCGAGAGUUUAGCACAACGAAUUUACUUUCCCGUUGCGCCAAUAUCUAUAGGGGAGUUGACUGUGUUUUAUGGCCUACUCUAUAAUCACAUCAGGGAGGUCAUAGAGGUGGACAAGGUAUCGGACAUGUCACUACCGGAACUAAGACGAUAUCAGGAUGUUUGCUUUGAAGCAUUCCAGGCCGGAGUGCAAAGCUCCGAGUUAUAUGCCGUGCCCACCCAUGCUAACACGCUGGCCCUGACCAUUGCAAUAUUGGAUGCCCAGUUCACGGGAAACCUGGCAUUGCAGUGGAACCUGACAUCUGCAGCGGCAAGGCAUUGUAUUACACUAGCCUAUCAUCGAGAAGCAACUGUGCAAAAGAUGUCUGCCGAGAUGGCCAAGCAGUGCCGUCGUUUAUUCUGGCAUGUAUACGUUUCAAGCCAGAGCAUGGUGCUGCCUUUAGGUAAAGCUCCGAUGAUUCAUGAUUACGAUGUUGACCUGAAUCCAAUGGUUGCAACAUCAGAUUCAGCGUCAGCAGCGUGGACCGCAGCUUUUGACUUGAUGCGUGCGUUCUUCAGCCUGCAGGCUAGUGUUUACCAAAGAUUGUAUUCCCCUUGGGCCACAAAUCUUUGCUCGGAAUCAAGAGUGCGUACAGUCCAGGAGCUGUCAGCCGAUCUUGAGCAAUGGUUUGGUAGAUGGCUUUCUGUUGAUCACUCCCGAGCUCAUCAUUCUGAACUCUUUCAUGUGCUCUUCAUUCCUGUGCAUGUGGCGUACUACUCGUUGUUGGCACUUAUCCAUAGAGCGGCCACAUCCUCGAGUUCGAUUGAAGAGGUCUCAAGUGAGUGUUUUACAUUUGCAAGAAAAGGGUUACAAACACACCUAUCACUGUAUCCUCAAGUAGCAGCCAUAGGAACAGGCGCGGUACAAUUGUACGCAAUUUGGGUCUUCGUUCGGUCGUCCUUUACGCCAUAUAUAGUCACCUUUGUGCAUUGCAUCUCUCAAACCGAUAAGAAUGAUCUCGAUACACUACGGGAAGUUUUGGGAACCCUGGAUGAAAUCGCAACUGUCGCCAACCACUGUCAAAGGCAAGUUGAAGUUUGCAAAGCUCUAUAUAGAACAGCACAUGCUUUCAUCCACUCCAACCAAAAUGCAGCUCAGCAGGCUCAGGCGCACCAUGAAAGAACAAUUAACUUGCCACUGCAACAUUAUGACACGGAUCUAUUCGACUGGGAUCUACUUCAGUCAGACAUAGACAGUUGGGUAGCAGACGGUAUGAACAGGUCUGCUGUUACCCUGGGUAUUCAGUUAGAUGGAUCCACGCAGUAG